UAAGUUAAUUUAAAAUUAUUCCAAAUAUAACGUCGUAUUUGUUCAACCAAUAUUUGGCUGGCUUUAAUUUCAAAAUUAUUAGCAGUGUUAUUUUAGAAAAAAUAGAAAUUCUUAAAAUACAACGAAUAAUAAUUGACGGAAAAACACUAUUAUGGGAAUUGCUUGGACAUUUACCACACCACCUGUUCGUAGAAAGGGUAUCUUAAAAAAAAUAAAAAAUAUGAUUGAACAUUUAGACGAUAAAUCAUUUUAUUUAGAUCUUUGCAAACAAUGUCGGCCAAAUAAUUGCUCACAACAAUAUUGCCAAAUGUCAAACAAUGCAUUUUGUGGUCCUCGUUGUGGAUAUUCUGGGUGUGGUCUAGUUGGAUGUAAUAAUAUGGCAACAACACCAACAUUUCAACGUGUAGUUAUGUGUGGUCCAGCUACAUGGUUACCAAAUUAUGCACCACCUAAUAAUAGUAUAACUAUUCCACAAAAUUGUUGUAAUUCAUCCUGUGGUCAAUGCUAAAAAAAGUUUUUGUCUACGUAUUUUAAAACAUAGUCCUAACA